CCAAAGUGACUAAUUAAGUUUCAAAAGCCAUGGCGUUAAAGAGAAGCAGAGAAGAAGAAACUGUAUCAGUGGAGAAACUAGCAAUGGCGAAUUGUGUAGAUAUAAUGAAGAGAAAUCAAUCAAAAGGACGUAGUAAAAUCUUUGAGUGCAAAACAUGCAAAAAACAAUUUGAUUCGUUUCAAGCACUGGGGGGACACAGAGCAAGUCAUAAAAAUACAGCUAUUAAACUCAUGUUGAUGAGUACUUUUCCUAACGAGUUACCUGGUAAACCUAAGAAACAUGAAUGUUCGUUUUGUGGUGAAGAGUUUGCUUUAGGCCAAGCUUUAGGUGGACAUAUGAGAAAACAUCGCGAUCAAUUAAAUCAACAGCAGCAAUACCAGUAUAAGAAGAAGAAGGUACAAGAGAAGAGUGAUGUAUCUGAUCAAGAAGAUGGUAAAGAGAAGAAGGAUUUGGGUAGUGAAGGGAUUUUUUUCUUGGAUUUGAAUUUGACGCCGUAUGAGAAUGAAUUGAUGGCGGGGAUAGUUCCUGUUCGUUCUUGGUUGUAAUUAACUUCUUAGUUAGAGUACACUUAGAGAUUUCUGAUAUUGUUGUUGUGGCUUAAUUGGUGUAAAUAAAAGAGCUACACUAAUUUUAAUUUUUUCAA